CCUUACUGGUUUUGGAUAACAAUGUGGUGCCAGAACUCAGAUUUUUGCCUUUUCUAACAGAUACUGAUUCUUGAGUCCGAGACAUUACCGAAACCAAUCUGAAUCUGCAGGUUGAGGGUGGCAAUAUUAAAUUAUCUGAACUCAACUCAACUAACUCUGACAAGCUUAUUGAGAGCCGAACCAGAUAAAGAAGCAACAGAAUAUUUUUGAAGCUUUGUUUCUGCCUUGCCUUUAUAUCCAGAUAUCUAAAAUUGGGAUAAUGCUUAUUAAAUAUUUGGGCUUCUGCUGGUCGAAGCAUGCAAGUUCAUGUCAUAGGCAAUAUCCAACGGUGAUAGAAGAACUGUGCCAUCAAUUUUCAUUGGCCGAUAUUAAGGAAUCAACCAAAAAAUUUGAUGAAGACCAAAUAAUUGGAACUGGAGAUAUUUAUAUUGUGUAUAAAGGUUUUCUCCAACACAAUGGUGUUACUGAGGAUACAGUUGCAAUGAAGCGAAUAUGUGGGAACACCAAGAAAACACUUAAGCAGUUCAAGAACGAAAUUGAGUUGCUCUGCCAGCUUCGUCAUCCAAAUUUGAUCACUCUAUUAGGAUUUUGUGACCACAAAGACGAGAAGAUUAUGGUAUAUGAGUACAUGGCCAAUGGAUCUCUCCAUGAUCGCCUAUACUGUAGUGAUGUGAAAAAGGAACCACUAACAUGGAAGCAUAGGCUAAAGAUAUGCAUAGGAGCAGCACAUGGACUACACUACCUUCACACAGGUGCCAAGCGAACCAUCUUUCAUCGUGACAUAACACCUUAUAAAAUUCUUUUGGAUAGAAACAUGGUGGCCAAACUCUCAGACUUCCGGCUUUCCUUAAAAGGACCGCAUUAUGCAUCAAAGCCAAAACCCAAGACGAUAUCAAAAGACGGCUUUAUAGGUACAUGUGGUUAUGUAGCUCCUGAGAUUUCAGAAAACAAGACAUUAACAGAAAAAUGCGAUGUUUACUCCUUUGGUGUAGUGCUACUAGAAGUAGUAUGCAAAGACAAGCUUAAAAAUGUUGAGAAGAGGCAGAAGCACCCUGUUGAGGAGAAUAUUGAUCCGAAUCUCAAAGGCAAGAUUGCACCAGAGUGUUGGGAAGUAUUUAUUGAUAUCACAGAAAGAUGCUUGAAGUUUGAUCCAGAUGAGCGGCCGGCAAUGGGUGAAGUGGAGGUGCAACUUGAGCUUGCUCUGUCAUUGCAGGAAGAAGCAGAUAUGAGAAAUUCUUGUGAUGAUUAUACCCUAUUAUCUAUGACCAUUAUUAAUUAGUCCUACUCCUCAACCAGAAUGCAGCCAAUAUCCUGCAACAUCUUAGGCCUUCAUUUGUCAUUGCAAAGAAAUCAAGGGAGAGAAAAAUAUAAUGAAUGGUUCCUAUUUAGCUAUAGAAGAAAUUUUGAUGGAGAGGCAGGAGAGGAUCCUUACUGGUUUUGGAUAACAAUGUGGUCCCAGAACUCAGAUUUUUGCCUUUUCUAACAGAUACUGAUUCUUGAGUCCGAGACGUUACCGAAACCAAUCUGAAUCUGCAGGUAAAUUUUUUAUUUUGUAAGUUUGUGUUAAAGAAUUUGACCAACUGAUUCAACCUUAUAAUUUCUCGUAUUAUCUAUGAGUUAAUUGGUUGAUUAAUGCAACAUACCAAUAUCAGCAA